UAAAUGUCACGUCACUGACAGGACAUGUGUGCGACAAAAAUGGUGACCGAAUACCAGCUGGCAUUCAUUUUCUGAUGUUAUAAAACCUGACAUUUCUUUUAUAAUAAAAGUGGAGUGUUAUGGCGUCCGUUUUGGAUUUGAUCAAACAUUAUCAGCAUGCUAUUGAAAGAUAUUCUAAUGACGAACAAAAAAUUUUAAAAUGUAUAAACAAGUUAUUUCAACUGGAUGUUACUGUACAACAUCUGCAAGAGACUGGUGUAGGCAGAACUGUGAAUGCAUUGCGCAAAGAGUCCGGCGAUGUGGGCCAAGCUGCCCGGGCCCUAGUCUACAAAUGGAAGGUGAUGGUGGCAGCGGAAGAAAGUGACCAGGAAGGGGACCACAGAAAUGACACAUCAAACUACAAUGGCCAUAUAAGUGAAAGGGAUAGUGAAGAUAGUACACCUCAGUCUAAAAGUAGACAUGAUCAGUACGAAAAAUCCUCAAAGUCGAGCAAAUCUACAGAUGACUAUAGACAUAUGAAUGGUGAUAGCAGUUCACAUAAACGAAGACAUCACAGCACAGAGGAUGAAGAACCUGAAACAAAAAAAUCAAAGCACUCUAGUACCAAUGAAGAUAAAUACAAAAGAAAGCAUGUCAAAAGUGAAUCAAGUGAAAGUGACACACAAGACACAGACAAUUCUCAAAGUGAUAGUAGUGAAUCUGACACAUCACAAAGUUCGGAAGAAGAUAGAAAACCAACACAUCAUAAAAUAAAAGAAGAAAAACAGGAACAAGUAAAAUCCUCAAAUUCUUCUAAACACACUUCACACAGUAGUCAUAAAGAUCGUAAAAGUGAUUCCGCAUCAGAGAAACGACAUGAUUCAUCAGAAAAACAUUCAAAGCAUCGUUCGGAGUCAACAAAAUCAGAAAAACCACCAGAAGAAAAAUUAAGUAGCUCACAUAAACAAUCCAACACCAAAGAUAAAGAAAGCUCCUCUAAUAAAAAAGAAAAAUCGAGUCAUAAAUCUAUUGAGAAAGACAAGAAAAGUGAAUCUUCAAGUAAGCACAGCAGUUCUAAGAAAGAAAGUUCAAGCAAAGCUGACAAACAUAAAAAUUCUUCUGAAAAACAUUCUAGUGCAUCAGAGAAACUGAAUAGUUCAAACGAAAAAGCAGAAAAAACAAAGGAAAAGUCGUCAAGUAAAGAAUUAUCGAGAGAGAACCAUAAGUCAAGAGAAAGUAGUAGUAGCAAGCACAGUUCCUCUAGUAAAGAUAGAUCAAGUAAAGACAGAUCAAGUAAAGACAGAUCAAGUAAAGACAAAUCAAGCAAAGACAAAUCAAGCAAAGACGAUUCAAGUAAAGAUAGGUCAAGAGAAAAACACUCGUCAUCAAAAGAAUCAGAUCAUAGUCAAAAAUCUGACAAAAAGCAUGCAUCUGAUGGCAGUUCAAAAGAUAGAAAAGAAAAACAUAAAAAAGAAAGUGAUAAAAAUGGUGAUGAUAAAAAGAAACAUUCUCAUUCUUCAUCAAAAUCGAGUAAAUCUAGCUCCAGUAAGUCAACAGAAGAUAUACCAAAGAAAAAAGCUCCUAUAAGUCACAGUGAGGACAGUGACGAUGGGAUUGACUGUGGGUCAGGUGCCAGCUUCGCUGAAGCGCUUGGUAUGAUAAGUCCAACCAAGCCUAAAAAGAAAACUAAUGCAGUCAAAGAAUUUCAAUCGCCGAAUGCGUUUCCCGAUUUGAGUCCGGCUUCGUUAUUGGCUCCUACUGCUAAACUAGCGCCUCUACCGGCAUUGGAAAUCUCCGCUCUGCCAGAAAUCUCACCAAAUUACAAACCUCGUCCCCCACCAAAACUUCUACCACAUUUUACCGAUGAGGAUGCUAUGAGUCAUGUUAUAUCUUCCAAAAAUCAAAGAACAAAAGUCUAUUCGGGAAACAAAGUUAUAGGAAAAAUACCAACUUUGUAUGAGAUGUGUGUACAUGUACUUCAAGAACACAUUGAUGCGCUUGAAUACACAGGUGGUGUGCCAUAUGAGAUACUGAAGCCAGUAGUGGACAUGGCAUCACCGCAGCAACUGUUCAUGUUGGAACACUUCAACCCAUACCUCAUGGAUGAUACAGAUCAUUUGUGGCAAAAGUUCUGCGAGAAACACUUCCGGAACAAACAGAGACAGGAAAUGGAAACAUGGAGGGAAAUGUAUAUGAGAUGUCAAGAAGAACAGGAACACAGAUUGAAAUCACUAACGGCAAAUAUUAAACAAACCCAAGAAGCUAAAAAGGCGCCCAUCAAACAGACAAAGAUGGCGUACGUCGAUACCAUCGUGAAGCCACCUCGGAACGUUUUGAGGAAACAAGCUCAACAUGGUACGGCACAUGCGUCAACCGCUAGUCCAGCCGCGAGGGUGGCAGCGCUAGCGUCCGCCCCCAACGUACUGCGUGGGGGGUCAGUUCGACCCCCUCCCUCAGCACCAGUCUCCUCCUCCAACUUAAACAAGCCCAAAAAAGCACCCCUCAUGCAGAAAGCACUACAGUUCAUGCGCGGACGCAAACGAUGAUCGUUGUCAUACAAUUUGCAUGUGACUUGUAAAUAUUCAUGAUGUUCUUAUUGCAAAGCUUAAAGCAAAUGUCAAAAACAAUAUGUUUGUGUAAUUAGGGAAACUUUGUAAAAGACAACUGUUUUAGAUAUAGAUUCAUGGGAAAUUAAAAUAAUUGCUAAUUAUAAAAUAAUUGAAUGUGUAAAUCGAUGUGAUUUAAAAAUUGUACCA